AUGGAAAGCAAUCAGGUUUCUCCCGAAGUAGGAAUGAUUGCUGAAGACAUCAGCGGCUCUGCUGGCUCGAUCCGCGAUGAAGACAUGGAAGUAUCCGUGGCAAUCCAAUCGGACUCCACUCCAGUUCUCAUCUCCCCGGUAGAUUUGAAAGAUUACUGGGAUCAACGACAAGAUUUUACUUCCGACUUCGUCCGAAUGUACACUCAGCUGCCAGGAGACAACAUGCAGCGAAGCCUCAACAAGAAUGUCAUAUACCAGAAGAGGCCAAAGCUUGUUCUCUUCUCACAAGAUCCGAUCUCAGCAGCGAUGGCGCUCACUGGGUUUCGCUUCUUGCUCGGUGCCGGGGGGUUUGCUUGGAUUGUUGCAAUAGCGCUCAAGGUAAAGGAGGUGCACGGGUCGGGGUAUUUCGCGUACCUGAUUGAGGAGAGAGUGCGACAGUUUUCCAUGGCAGACAUGACGGAAACAGGAAAGCUAGCAUGUGGUUGGGAGUCGUUCUUGGAGGUGUUCACCAACUUCCUUGUUGGUGUGAUUGCUAUGGCUGCAGGAAUGUUGAGCAUGGUGAGUGUGAGGCUAGUCAAGCAGAUCAUCAUGGUGGGUGGACUGAUAGAUGCGGCUUGCAACUUGUGUGUGUUUAUACAGAUGAUGCUCACCGCACGCGAAAGGACGGUGAUGGGGACCGCAUGGUAUGUGUUCUUGAUCGCCAUGCUUACGGACUUGUUGAUUUUUCCCCUGCCUUUGAUCCGAUGGGAAGCAUAUACUAUUGAGCUGAUAGCGGUGGGGUCGCUCAUUCGAAUCAUCAGCAUCGCUGCAAGCUCGACGGUACCGUACAAGUGCCUUGCCAUCUUUGUUUUCUUUGCGACGUUGCUUGGAUUGCGAGAGGGGAUUCGGAGGCGGAUGAUGAACAAGGCAGCGGGCCUCGGAGAGCAAUUCGACGAGGAGUGGAGGCAGCUGAGAGAGCUCAAUGCGGUACAGGAGCUCAAGGAGGCUGUCUGCCGGGCUCAGGUUAAAUCAACAAUGUCUCAAGAAGAAGUAGAAGGAGAUGGGGGGGGAACCUCGAUCACAUGGCUGAGAAGACAGUCCCUGCUGUCUUCUUCGACAUCUACCCUUCCGUCGUCGUCACAGCCGAGCAUGAUAGUUCAGUACGCGCGGGAGUGUGAGGGCAAGGAUCUAGACCAGCUGUAUUCUCAGGCGGUACUUGUGUCACCCAUGUUCUUGAGUAAGGUACAGUCCUGGGCGGAGGCGAGCGACGGAUAUUUUCUCAUGAACAUCCCGUCGGCAAAGAGGAAGCACUACCUUCGAUGGCGAGACUGCAAGGACGACAGCUCCAAGCUUUCUCGAAUCAAAUGGGCGUCCAUCAAGAACGCUAACCGAGCCAUCGAGAAGAUUUUGCUGUUGUGCAAUGGCGACACGUCGAAACUCACAGACGUGGUCCGUCAGACGAUCGUGUUCAAAGAGCUGCGGCAGCUUGUCGAGUGCGUGGAGGUCAUCAUCAAAGACCCGGAAGUGGAGGUGGUGAGGAUCAAGAACCGGCUCGACCCGGACUACGACGCGUCGACGUCGGGAGGCUACAGGGACGUGGGGAUAAACUUGCGGGUGAUCCACGAGGGGGCGAAGAGGUGGGGGGUAGCUGGGCACGUCUGCGAGCUGAGACUGGCGGUACAAUCGCUCCAUGCUCUUAUAGACUCGCAGCAUCAUGCGUUGUAUUUGUCGAUGAAGACCGUUCUUCGUUUCAGGCAAUCACAAGAGACGGAAGUUAUGAGGGGGAACGAGCAAACAGAGAGAAAUCAGGACAGGAGGAGACGGUCGUCGACGUCGUCGGCGACAUUGCUUCCUACCCACAUGUCAAGCUCCAUGGGUUACUCAAAGUCUCUCGCGCAGGAGAAAUCCGACAUUUCGCUGCUUAUCUACAAGAGCAUGUAUCCCGGCAAUAUUCUGGACAGAUACCUGACAUCUUCUGGUCAUGGCGUGUCGAAAGCUGAUACAACGAGCAUUCUGUAUUCGUCACACCCGCUGAAGAACGUUCUGCACAAGACUUUGUUUCAGCUGCUGCUGCUGCUUGCGGGGAUCGGAUUUAUCAUUCUUUACAGCAACAACUUUCGGUUGAAUUUAAUCUUCACCAAUCAUGUUUUACCUGUUAGGCAUGCCAGGUUCACAUUUGAAGGGUACAAGAACAUGAACAUCUCUAUCAAAGACCAUAGCGUGAGGAUAGAAGACUUUCUCCUCGUCAGAGAUUCUUGUCAGAUGUACAACUGGACUUCAUCCGUGACAGUCGCGAACAAGGUCUUCUUCACGUUCCCUCAUGUGGUCUAUCCCAAUGGUUUCAAAAUCAAGCUGACUCCGGCGCUCAUGUCGUACCUCAAGACAGAUGCGCUCACAUUCCACUACCUGACUGAAGAGGGCGUUGAGGACGUGGCGGUUGACAGAAAGGAAUGGAAAUAUGUCAUUCCUCCUUCAGUAAGCUGCAAACUUUUCCCUUUGUUGCCUCUUUGUCAAUCAGACUUUUUGCCUCGUGCUGACGAGUCUCUUCUUGUUGACUUGCGCUUCACCUGGCAAGCGACUUGCAUAUUCCUCAUGGCGAUGCUGCAGAGCAUAUGCUGUCUAGGAGCCGCAAUCUUCGCCCGGCUUGGGAAGGUUCAGCUCGCAAAGCUCUUGUUUACCUCUGCGUUCCACCUUGUCGGACUUUUUGAGAUCUUUGCUGCUUUGUCCCCCGAGUCUCUGUAUGCCAAUCGGAGAGACUUCUUCAUCGCAUGGGGAGUGCUCGACGUGUGGGUGGGUCUUGUGGUUCAGUUCCAGGAGCGCUACAUGCUCAAGGCCUUCGUCGUCUACUGCACGAUCUCAGCCUUCCUGCCUCCUCUGGCUCAAUACUAUUGGGACGCGUCCAAGCUCAAGGAGUCAGACAUCGGGUUGAGCAGCCUAGUCUUGCUUGCUCUGGUUAUCUUCUUCGUGUUGAACAGAAGGUUCAUCGUCUACAAGUCUCGGCGGCAGAUCAGAGGAGACCAGAAGAUGUACGACGACUGCUGGAAGGACUUGCUAUCCCGGGAGGAAACUCAGCAGCUCCUGAGCUCCCUCAAGAUCACAUGCGGGCGGGUAAGGCCGCAGCCAGCGCUGCAGUUGAAGAUCUUCGAUGCCUUGUGCGAGGUGGAGCUUACGAUUCUUGACCCGCUGUCGAGCGUGUUGAGGAGACAAAAGAACAGCAGCUUUGCUAGGACGUACUUGACGCGGUCAAAGCGGACGAUUAUGAAGCAGGACAGGGAGAUUGAGUCCCUCGACCAGCUGUACGCGCAGGCGAUCUUGCUGGAGCCAAUGUUCUUGAGCAAAGUGCAGUCCUGGGCGGAGGCGAGCGACGGACACUUUCAGGGAAUGGAGGGGGAUCUAAUUCGCUGGAGGGAGUGCGCAGAGGAGGCAGAAAAGGCGUCGCAGGUCAAGUGGGCGUCCAUCAAGAACGCUAACCGAGCCAUCGAGAAGCUCGUCAGGUCUUACUUUGGGAGAGUCUUGAAGCUCACAGACGUGGUCCGUCAGACGAUCGUGUUCAAAGAGCUGCGGCAGCUUGUCGAGUGCGUGGAGGUCAUCAUCAAAGACCCGGAAGUGGAGGUGGUGAGGAUCAAGAACCGGCUCGACCCGGACUACGACGCGUCGACGUCGGGAGGCUACAGGGACGUGGGGAUAAACUUGCGGGUGAUCCACGAGGGGGCGAAGAGGUGGGGGGUAGCUGGGCACGUCUGCGAGCUGCAGCUGCUGCUGGAAGAGUUCGCGGCACUGAAAUCAGCGGAGGGGCACAAGAGAUACGUGAUCUUUAGAAACUCACGAUGUGAGUAG